AUGCUAUUUAAUCAAUACUUACAUUAUCAUCAAUAUUUCAACAUUCAAAAAUUAGCUCAUUUAAUGUUAUAUUUAAAAUGGAUUACUAUAUAUGCUUAACUAUCUCAAAGUUGUACAUAAUAGUAAAUAUGUGCUUAACUAAUUUUACUCACUGAACUUGACAUGUUUAUUAAAGUAAUAAUUGGAAUUGGAUCUUCAAUUAAUUCUAUUUUACAACCAAAUAUUUAUGGAUUUUACAUAACAAUUCCUUAUAUGAUAGUGAUUUUAGGUGUAGUUUUUUAUGAUAAUUGGAAACACUUUUAAGAAAAAGAAAAUAGUAGCACUCAACUGCAAUAAUCUAAGUUUGUUAAUUGUAAAUAAAAGUCAAAUUAAUUUGAUUAAUAAUCUUCUAAAUUAUAAAUCUAAGAUAAUUGUCUAAAAUCUCCUGGUUUAGAAUGUCCUGAUUAAUAAAAUAGUCCAAUGAUUUUAGAAAUGCAAUGUAAUGAAGAAGAAGAUGUUCUUGCUCAAAUGUAUAUAUUUUAAUUUAUCUUUUUUAGGGCAUGGAUUCAUAAUUAAUCUAUAUUAGUUUAUAAUUAAAAUUUUGAAAUUACAUACUAAAACUUUUAUUUAGGGAAACUUACAAAUCGUCAAUGUACAGGUGUUGAUUAAGAUUAGGAUUAUGAGUAAAUCUUUUUAGAAUCUAUAAUAGAAAUAGGAAGUAGAGAAGUUAAUGAUUUAUUUGGAAAUUCAGAAUUAGAUAUAGAUUAAGAAGAGUAUUAUAAAUAUAUUAUUAUUUAAUAUUAGUUCCUUAAUAUUAGAUAGUACUGUACACAGUAGAUAUAAAAUUAAAGGUGGAUUAUAAAAAAUAAGAUAAAUGGUAGCAGCUUUAUUUAAUAAUUAUUAAAAGUAUGUAUCUAAAUAUAUUUAAUUUAGAUGGAAAUUUUUUACUUUUACACUUUUCAAAAUAAAAAGCAAUGAACUCGAUUUUAAGAAUAUUAGUAUUAAAGUUUUAAUAACUGAAGUGAAAUCAAAACUUUAUACAUUAUUUAUGUUUGAAGCAAUACAAAAAGUGUCUUCAAAAAGAGUAUUAGAUGAACCGCUUUAAUUUUAAAAUGUUUUCUAAACUUUUCUUUCUGAAUCCAAUAAUUAUAUUAAUGCUAUUCAUUUAUUACUUCUUCUAUGUUCUCAUGAUCAUGAAAAAAACUCAGGUAAAAUAUAAAAAGAAUAUUUAAAACAAAUGAAAAUGAGCACAUAAAAGUUUAUGAUAUUUUUGGGAACUAUGAAAGACUUAUCUCUACAACUCACAAAUCAAUUAACUUUUAGAAACUCUACUUUCAAACUUUCUGAUAUAUUAGAUGAACUAUAACUCAUUUAUGAAGAUUGUUUAAAAAUUAAGGAAAUCUCAAUAGUUUAAAUAAUAGAUAAUGAUAUGAUUGUUUAUAAUGAUUCAGAUCGAGUACAUUUAUAUAUUUAUUAUUUAGACUAAAUAAGUUUUAAAAUGUCUUUUUGAAAUAGCUAUUAAAUUUACUGUAACUUCUAAAAUUAGAAUAGAUAUUCAUUAGGUAUCACCAAAUAAUUAUCAAUUUUAAAUCAAAGAUAUACCUUUUAAAGAAGAAAACUAAAAGAUUUAAUAUCAAACUAUACUUAAAAAUAUAACAUAAUUAAUGAAAACUAAUUGUAAAGAUUUUGAUAUGAGUAAUUUAUUGGAAUUGUAAAUAUCUGCAAUUCUAGCAUUCUAACUUUCUGGUUCUCUACGAAAACCUUUAGAAUUAAGUUUUGAUAAUCAUUUUUAAGGCACUUUCACUUUUACUGUAGAAUCACUUCAAAUCAAUGGUAAACAUGCUAAUUAUAAUUAAUAAAUCAAACCUAAACGUGCAUUUGAAACAUCAUUAUCUAUGUUAUUAGCAUAAGCAUAAGAUAGUUCUCAUUAUAAAUAUGAAGAAUCUAAAUAUAUGUCCUUUACAUAGAUUUCAAAAUAGUACUCACUUAAACCAGAUAUUCCAUUUGAUUUAUAGAGUGCUCAUUUUUCACAAAUAUCAAAAAUCAAAUAAGAAUCUCCAAAAAUUAAGCCUAUAGGUUCUUAAGCCCAAAUCAAUUCAGGUGGAACUAAUAAAAUAUAAGAAUCUAUAUUUCCUAAAAGUUUAAAUAAUAAUAAUCCUUCAAAAGCAAUAAAAAGUGACUCAGCUAUCAAUGAAUCUUCUAAACCUAUGACUAGUGCUUUAGAUUUUGGAGAAAGUACUAAUCCCAAUAUUGAUUUCCAGGAAUUAAGUCCAAAACUUUUACAUUCUGUAAUUAAGUUCAAAUUAACUAAUUAAUGUUGUUCUAAAGUGAUUAUUGCAGAUAAUGAUUAUUUGAAUGUUUCAGUUCUCUAAAUUCUACUCAAUAAAUAUGAAGUUAAAGCUGAUAAAGCAUUUACAUAGUAAUAAACUCUUUAGUUGAUUAGAAAUAAGUCUCUAAAUCCCUGUAGAUGCAAAAAUGGAGCUUAUUUAUUAUACUUCAUUGAUGCCUCAUUACCUGUAUACAUUUAUAUAUAUAUAGUAAUCAGCAGUAGAUUUGAUCAAAGAAAUCAAACAACUAUUUAAAUCUUUAUAAGUAGACAAAGGCUUCAUUAUUGCCAUGGCUAGUUAUUGUGAUAUGGAUUUGAAGCUGAUUUGCUUUAAUUCUGGAAUCGAUUAUUUCAUUACAAAACCAUUUGAUUUGUUUGAAUUAACUGCUAUUCUUUAAUAUAUAUAGUUUUGA